UUCCCUCUCUCCCCUUCAAAAACUCACACAAGCCCAAGCCUUCCCCAUUCUUCGCUCACCUUCUCUCUCUAGAAACCACUCACUCUCUCUUUCUGGAAAAGAAAAACCUCACAAAACAAUGGCCACUAACCUCCUUCCUUCAACACCCCUUAUGAUCAGAGCCAGCACCGGUCCCGUCCAGAAACCUGAUCCGAGCCGCCGGAAAAGUUCUUCCUAUUCGUCCAACUGGUGGACCCCGCUCUUCGGUAUGUCCUCCGAGGCUGACUACAUUGGCUCCGAACCUAAAGCCGAUGGCAGAAAGGAAGAGACAUCGGAGUCGGAUCUUGACCCGAAACCGGCGAGAUCUCGUUUCACACCGGGUGCUUUUACUGAGGAGAAGGCAAAACAGCUCCGAAUGUUGACGACUGAGACCUCAUCAUUUCACGACGUUAUGUAUCACUCUGCUAUAGCUUCUCGGCUCGCUUCUGAUUUCAAUAAGCGCCGAUCUGACCGGUAGUUGUACGGUCGGUCUGGAUUCUAAUCCGGAUCUUCAUGUUUUAAUGUUUUUUUUCCUUCUUUUUUUGACGUGUGUUUUUGUUUCUAUAAUGUUAACGACGAUGGAUGGACGGUUAUUAGUUGGAUUAGUUUACUUGUACUAGAUGAUUAAGCAUGUAAUUAUGUAGUUGAUAAUGUCUAAGCUUUCUGUAAAUUAUUAAUUAAUGCACACAUGAGAUCAUAUGGAUUGAUGA